GACACAGAAGACAGAAUGUCACAGACGCACACGCACUGACGUAAAGGUUACAAGUUACAAGAAUUAUUUCAAGUAUGUUGACAGAGUUGAAUUUAGACAUUUUUAUUAUUUUUGUUCGUGUUAAACUGUGUUGAACAUUAUGUACUGUUAAACUCGUCUUUCUCUGUAAUAAGUUGGCAAUUGAGAUUUCAUUUUGGUAAACUCACAAAAAAUUGAAAUGGUUUUUUCUACAUUUUUAUCAGUUUUAUUUUAACGAGUGGCCUUCAGUAUUAAUUUGAAAUUGAAAUGGACAACAUCCCCGACAUCACAGCUAAACUUGGAAAACCAAAGCUUCUUCCAAAACCAUUACUUGAGGGAGACGUCUCGCGGCCCAAUGCCAGACGCCUCAAAUCACUACCGGGAAGGAUGCAGAUCCACCUGGGAGAAAAACCGCCCCUCCUACCAAAACCUCAGAUGCUGAAGAAACCAUCUCAAUUUCGUUCCUCUCAUUCAUCUCUCCGCAACUAUUCAACUUGCUCGGAUGUAGUUGUAAUUAGUAAAAAUGUAGACAAUUCUAUUAGUUCUUGUAGUUCUAUUAGUUCUUGUAGUGUGAAUGAUAAUAUGGUGUUCAGUUCGAAAAAUAAUCAGUCCAUCUCCCCAGACGUUCCUGUGGAUGAUUCAUCGACGUAUUGUGAACGCGUUAAAGUAGUUUUAAAUUCAGACCAUAAUCGUGAGGAAAUACUGCCCAGUGAAUGUGAAAAUUCAACCACACCUAGUCAUAGUUUUGUAAAUAAUAAUGAACUUGAUGGAUCAAAUCUAUCCAACUUUCAAUGCGAAGAUAUUGUUAAGAAUUUAGAUAUUGUGGUAGAUGUGAAUGUAAAUUUAGUUGAGACAAAAAGUGAUAUUGUUGAAAGAAGUGCUACUGAUGUGCAUGGAGAUAACCAAUUCUCUGAUUCAUCGUGUGGAUCAUUUACCGUUAUUUCAUCUGUCAAUGAUGAGCCAAUUGCAGAUAGCCAACCACCAAGUGAACCUCCCAUUCAAUCGUUUCUUCAUAGUUUCAGCUGCAUAAAGAAAACUCAAAAACCAAAGAGUGGUGAAGAAAUUGAUUCACUCAGUGACUCACAUUCCGAAAAUUCCAUUGCCAUUGAUAGGUCAUCGACUUCAAAAAUCGUCCACUCUUCAUCUCUUUCAAGACUAGAAACAUCCAAGAAAAGAGACAGUUGCGAUUUCAAUCAAAGUAGGGGAUCUUGGGGUGAAAAUGACAGCGAACUCGUAUGUAACGAUGGCGUGAGGAGAAAAUUUACGUCUUGGUUUGGCUCAUUUGGUAAAGGAAAUAAACAUAAGGACAAGCGAGCAAGUUCCUCAUUUUAUGAUGAUAGUGAAAACGACGUUACCAUAAACAAUAAUGAGUCAGAUUGCCCUGUUAUUGAAGUAAGUGUAAAACCAUCUGAUGAAAAAAUGGACCCUUCUGAAAAACUUGUUUCCAAAGACUUUGAUAAAGUUAAUGUAACUGUAGAUUCGAAUUCAGUUACAGCUGAUAGCUCGAGUUUAUUAACGAGUGAAAUGCUCGAUGUUGAAAACAAUAGAAGCUCAAUGUCCGAGGAAAGCUUUGAAAUAGGCAAUAAUCAGCUCAACUGUGAACAAAAUGAAUGUGUAGAGACGCAAUCUGUAUCAGAACGCAAACGUAGAAAGGAUUUCUUUGUUGCACGUGAACUUAUGACUUCUGAAAAAGUAUUCAUCGACGUUCUUAAUCUAUUGUGCUCUGACUUCAAAAACUUUAUUAAACAAUCUAACAGAAAUCUCAAAUGUUGUGUGAUACCUGAGGAAGAGUUCAAUAAAAUUUUUCAUUCUUUACCCCAACUUCUGGAACUGAGUGAAGAUCUGUUUCAAGAUUUAGAAAGUCGAAUGUUGAACUGGGACGUUCUGCCAAAAAUAUCAGAUAUAUUAGUUAAAAAAGGACCAUUUUUAAAACUUUGCUCGUUGUACAUACAAAAUUUUGAAGCACAAUGUAACUAUUUGGAUGAAUGCUGCCAGAAAUAUCCAAGGUUUGCGAAAGCGGUUGAAUCUUUUGAACAAUCGGAUAGAUGCAAGAAGCUUACCCUGAAACAUUACAUGCUGAAGCCAGUUCAGAGGAUACCUCAGUACCGGAUGCUGUUGGAUGAUUAUCUGUCUCAUCUUGAUGAAUCUUCGCCAGACUAUGUUGACACUCAAAGAGCCCUGCAAAUUGUGUCUGAUGUCGCUAACCACGCCAACAAAAGUAUUAAAAAUAUGGAGCAUUUAGGAAAGUUACUUCAGAUACAGGAACAACUUGGAAAUUAUGAACUUAUCAAACCGUCUAGAAGGUUCAUCAAGGAAGGAGAACUAUGCAAGUUAAGCAGAAAAGAAAACCAACUACGUCACUUUAUAUUGUUGAACGAUUGCCUCCUCUACACAACGUUCUAUGGAAAAAUGACUGGAUUUCGGGUGAAAUAUGAAUUACCUUUGAGCGGAAUGAAGGUGACCGUACCUCAGAGUGCUGAUUGUCGAACGGAAUUCAGUAUUAUUUCUAGCACAAGAAGUUUCACACUGAGAGCCAAGACCGCUGAAGAAUGCAAUGAUUGGGUGGUUACACUUCAAAAUGCUAUUAAAGAUAAUAUAUCCAGACAGUCUACAUUCAUUAAUUUGGAUUUCGCCCCUAAGAAUAUGAACGCAGAAUGCAUUAAAUUGGGAAAAGAAGCCCCAAUAUGGAUCCAGGACAAAAAAGUGACAAUGUGCCAGUCCUGUACAGCAGAAUUCACUGUGACAUUCCGUAGACAUCAUUGCAGAGCUUGUGGCAAGGUUGUAUGCAGUAACUGCUCUGAGAAUAAAGCUCCAUUACAGUACCUAAAAUUUCAAUCAGCAAGAGUUUGUGAUGAUUGCCAUACCUAUUUAUUUCAAGAAUUCAAUGACCCUCCAUGCAAUAUGCUUGACACGAUAAAGACUGUAUUCAAACUGGAAGAUGAUGAAGCUGUAACCAAUAAGACUGAAUACAUUCACUCAUUAUUCAAAAAGCAGCAAUCCACCAUGAAAAAAGCUAAGAAAUAUGUUCCACAGCGCUUGAAAGAGGUUACUGCCAAUGACAGUGGAUCUGAGAUGUCGGGUUCAAUGUAUAUGCAGGGCCUUGACCGGGGGCGUUCAUGGAAGAAGCGCUGGUUUGUCCUCAAGCAGCAAGUGCUGUAUAUUUAUAAAGCACAAGAGGAUGUUGCUGCUCUCAAAAGUGUACCAGUUCUCGGCUAUAAAGUGGAAACAGUCAAAGAGGGAUUUUAUGAUGACUCGGAGAUGAGGUUCAUGUUCCAGUUAACACACGUUAAUCAACAACCUCUUGUUUUUGCAGUCGAUAGUCAACAUACUGCUAGCAGAUGGAUAGCAGCCUUUGAAGAAGCAACGAUAUUGAAGUAGCACAAUAUUUUUAUAGCACAUCUAAGAAGGCCUCAGCUGUUUCUCUUCAUAGGUUGUACUGCCUUCUCUUUAUGGCUUAACUGAGAAUACCCGCAACUUGUCUAGAAAACCUGAAAGCUGUUCCAAUAGUCAAUGAAGAAACAAUGAGUCAAUCCACAAAGAAAACAAUUUAUUGUGGACAAUAUUAUCAUUUUGACAUAAUAUCUUGGGUGGCUUUUCAUUUUUAAAUUAUUUUUAGUUGUCAUAUUAACUUUGAGCAAAUCGCUGACUUUAUUUUAUGCACUGGACCACAUCACUUAAAAUUCAAAAUUAUCUGAAAUAAUGGAUAUUGUAUUGUUGGAUUAUAUUUAGAAUCUAUUGUCAUGUUUUUUUUAGUACUCGAAAUAUUAUAGUUAAAGUAAAUUAAUAGGAAUUGGGCAAAAAUUGCUUGGUGUUAAUAAGUUAGAAUUUAAGUUUUCAACUAAAUGGCAAUUUUGUUGUGUUUUGUUAUGAUGAAGGUUCUCAAAGUUUUCAGUUCUUAUGAUAAUGUUCUCAAUAUUCUCGUAAUUAUCUUUAAUGACAUUUUAUGAUUUCAAGAAGUGAUGUUAUUAUAUUGAAUAUUGAUUUAGAAUUAAAAAAAUAUGUGUUAUAGAUUUAAGAAUUUAAUAAUAAUAGUUUAAAAUAUAUCUAAAACAGUUGAAUAUAUUGGGAGAAUUAUCCAAUAUAAUGAAGUUUUUAUUUUCUUCUGUUGUUGCUUAAUGUGUAUAUUUCAUCAACAUGAUCUUAUAUUAUAUCCAUAUCAGGAUUAACUCACAUUAAGUGAUUUAGCUUGUAUGGCUAUCAAGAAAUAAAUUUUUUUCCUAAUUUAUAUAAAACAUGAAAUAUAUUAUCUUGAAGUGAAAUAUUAUUUUUGUUGAGGAAAUUACACAAUUGCCAACUAUGAAAGCUGAGCAAUGAGCUAUUUGAUCUCAAUGACUAUUAUUUUUCAUUUCAACAUUUGAUUGCACACUGAAAAAAAAACAAUAAAACAAUAACUGCUGAGUAAAAAUAGAUUCAUAAAAUACAUUUGCGGAAGAUAUAUAUCUUCUGUAAUAAUUGAGAAUUUUUCUCAUGCUCUAUUCAAAUUGACGUUUGAAUAUUUGUCUAAUCAUUAAACUUUUUAUACAAUGACAAUAAUUAUUACUCUUGAGGGUUUUUUCAUCGCUACUCAGAUUUAAAAUUGAUGUGAUGAUUAUUUCAUUGAAAUUGAUGAUGAUCAUUUCAUCGACUUACCCUUACACUUUCCAUAGAGCUACGAUUAAUAAAAUACACCGGUUGAUUGAUAUUUUCAGAUCCUAUAAUUUACAUAUCUCAACGUUAUAAACAUUGAUAAUUUCUCGUAUUUUCCCUCCAUUUUUAGAAAUCAUCUACGAACACUUCUACCAAGUGUGUUUCAAAAAUUAAAAUAGUAUAAUUACGUUAUUCUCAAAAAUCAGAAUUACACACCUUUAUUCUAGAAAAGAAAUCCUUGAGGCCAUAAACAUUCAAAUCAUUGACAACUCGUACCAACCCUCAUUAGUCACUGACAUUUUCUUAUAAAUAUGGCGCUUAUAAUGAGUUUUUUAUUUCUCAUUUAGGCCUAUUGUAAACUCUUGGGAUCCUCUUGAAACUAAAGUUCCUUAUAAAAUAAUUUCUGGUUUCUCCAGAAUAGCACAAAAUUACCAUUGGUUAUCAAUAUUAUUAAUGUUAGACAUUUUUUCUAUUCUAGGCGACAGUGCCUUUCUCGUAAAUCGAAAUCAGCUAGAAAAAUGAAUAUUUGCUGAGAAUGUGUAUCAACACAUAACGUUGAUGAGUUAUUUAUUGAUUCCCGCAGCAUCACUGGGAAAUCUGCAAUUUGUAAAGAGGUCUGUGUUUUUGAAUUGAAGAAUCAAUUUUCUAUAAUAAAUUUUAUAGAAAAGCUUUACCAAUUUUUGUGAUAUAUUGAAUAGUGUUUACAAAUUAACUCAAAUAUUAUAUUACCUAUUUGUCCCUGAGGUGAUGGUGUUGAGCUUUAUAGUGGUCCCUGAAUUAAUCAACAAUUGCCUACAUAAUUGUGUUUUCUAAUAGCUUCAAUAAUCAGUAUUUGAAAUAGUUCAACUGAUUUCUCCUCACACUUGAUAAAUUCUGGGAACUUGUCUGCUUAAUGGGAACAUGUAAGAUGUAAUAAUACUGUAUUGGGUCUCUAUUUAGUUCAACGGGUUUCGACCUAUUUAAAUAUAUUUUGUAAAAUGUAAAAAGUAUUCCUUUCAAUAUGGUACCAUUAUAAAAAAAUAUGUAUUGCUCUGUCCAUUUUCUUCAGUUAAGAAUAGUCAUAUAAUUAAUCGUUUUUAUAUUCAAAGACAUGAAUAUGAAAUUUAUGUAAAAAAUAUCACACACUAUUGUUUUUAGAAAUGUAUAUUUGUAUUGUUACGCUAUAUAAAUCAAAUGAAUUUA